AUGCAGGCUCCCCUUGUUUGGACCCCCUCGCCUCCUAAGAGUGGCACUUGGCCUCCGCUGCCCUCAUUCAUUGCGCCGCCGGGGUGGACCACCACUCCAUCCGGCGAUACAUUCAAAGACGAGUGGCUGGGCCGGAACUCUGAAGGGCAGAUAAUUGCUAGGUGCCAUGGCCUUGGACCGGCUAGGCCGAUAAUGGAGGAUCUUCAGGCUUGGACGACUAUGUUCCAAGCAGACGGAAAGUUUUUUGUCUGGGGACGCAUGGAUGAUACCGUGCGGGAAAUACUUUCGCGGGAUCUCCAUGAGAUUCUCUCGGCGAUGGCUACGGGAGGGCUUCGAGAGGUCCAAAUGGUCGACAUCCCUUGUCUUUACGAUCCAAGCGAGUUGGGUGAUGGAUCUUGA